AUGCCCGCCGUCUCUGUCCUUUACAAGGGAGCUAUCAUCAUCAGCAGAUCAAGGUCCACCCAUCCUCAUGGGCGUGACCACCAUGGGCCACCCAAGGAGGAGAAGCGCUGGUGGUUGCAGAAAGAUGCUUCUCUUCUCUCUCCCAGGACGCUCAUGGGACCAUACGGAAUGGAUCGAACUGUGCACUGCUUUGAUUUCUAUGACUGUGCAAAUGGGCUCGGUAUUAAGGUAAUUGGUGGCAUCAAGGAACUCACCGGGGAAGAAUAUGGAGUUUAUGUCAAGAGGAUCAUUCCAGGGGGUGUUGCUUACGUGGACGGGCGCCUGCAGCCAGGAGACCAGAUCCUGGAGGUCAAUGGAGAUUCCUUAAUUGGGGUUACAAGUGAGAGAGCCGUGGACAUCCUGAGGAUGGCAUCAGCCACCAGCCACAUGCGCCUUCUUAUAGCCCGCGAUGAUGAUGCCAGGAGAGAGUUCUCUGAGCUGCUGGAGAAGUUCGGCUCCCAGAGCAAUACAGGCUCAGCGCGGAGCUCGCCAGUCCUGCAUGGAGGUAGUCGAUACCUGGAAAGUACAUCCUCGGGCUCCUCCUCACGGUCUCAGAGCCCGCUGCUGCUGAGCCCCGCCAAUUCCCACGGCCCCUUCAUCGGAAACCCGGCACACCCCCCUCACACACACUACUCCAUUGAAUCAGGAAUCCAGACCAUUUCUAUAGCAAAAUCCUCCGGCUUAGGGCUGACAAUCAGUGGUGGAUCUAACAGGCCUGAUGGCCCCAUGAUUUAUGUUCAAGAGCUUGUGCCAGAUGGCGACUGUUACAAGGAUGGUCGGCUCCGACCUGGUGACCAACUAAUCGCUAUCAACAAAGAUUCUUUGGUGGGCAGCACACAUGAAGAGGCCAGAAAAAUAAUUGCAAAAGCCAAACUCAGACAUGAGGGAAACACAGAAGUGGCCUUUAUUCCUGGAAGGGGACGGUUACAUCCUGGACUGUCAGUUCAUAACAACAUCCCGUCGCCACCCCCAAAGGCUGUGGGAAACGGUCUGAGUUCCUGCAGACUGAAGGUCCAUGUGAGGUCCCCAGAGAAUAGACGUGAAAAUCAUUUUCCUGUGCCUUCUUUGUCACCGGACAUUUGCCCACCAGAGCUUACUGUUUCAGCACCCACUUCAGCAUCUAAUCAUAAAGCAGCUUCAGGCACCAAACCAAAAGUAGCACUGGAUCCCCAUAUCAGGCUCAAGGAUGGGAAAUUGGAACUGGUUCUGCAGUACCUUGGUCUGGAUGUGACUGAGGAGAAGAAGAGGCAGUUACGGCAAAGUUUGACCACAGACUCACAGGGGACGGUGGCCUAUGGAGAUCUUCUCCAAGUGCUCAGGGAUCUGAUGCAGGACGAGCUGGACAAGGCUGGUCUGGAUUCUAACUCCAUGCUCUUCACGCAACACGAAGUGGCCAGUUUGCUGGAUACAUCGGCUUUUCACUCUCCGACCUUCGAUGCUCUCAGCUGUAAUGGCAAUGAGGAGCUGGAGCAGCUGCAGCUGGAAAUGAUGGAUCUGCGGCAAGAAGUCCGAAAGCUAAAGUCUCUCCUGAAAGAGGUGGAAAACAGCAAGAAGUCAAUGGAAGAGGAGCUUCAGAGACUGAACCAGAAAGCACUGGGGUUCCUCUCCGAGAACCGGACGCUGCACAGCAAGCUGCAGCUGGCAGAGGUCGUACAGACACAAGCUCAAAGUGCGGAACAGGACUAUGAGGAAGUGAUCCACUUGCUGGAAGCUGAAAUUGCAGAACUGAAGAUGCAGUUGGUGGGGAAGAAAGCAAAACAUGUCUCUGAAAUAGAGGAGGACGUCCUGGAACUGAAAAGACAGUUGUCCCUGGCUGACAGCCAGUUACGAAAAUCCGAAGUCUCACGGAAGCGCCUGGAAAUCUGCAAUAGGAAACUGCUCCUGUUUGUUCAGAACGUCCACAAGGUCCUGAGCACACCCAGUCCUUUACCAGAUGAGAAAAGAGUCAACAGUGAAACAGAAGAGGAUAAAACAGGCGCAGUCUCAGAUACAUCUCUUCCGUCUUCAGAUCUUGUUGACCUUUUGCUAUCAGAAGCUAAAGAACUGUUAGCGCCAAUCCUCUCCAACAAGGACGCUUUGCCAUGUGACAGGGACCAGUGCCUGCCUGUGGAAGGAAACCCAAAGUACAAGGACCAUCUUCAUCAGAAGACCACGUGGCCCCCUCCUCCAAGCCAGAGCACGAGUGAUCAACCACAGCCAUCAAGUCCAACCAAUGAACUGCCUAAGAAACCUACAUAAAUCUCCCAUGGCCUGCUCCUGCUCUGAACUGCAACUGUCCAUAACACAGCUGCUGCUAUGCUAGGAGAUGGGAAGGACACACCAUGGAUGCUUCAGCUUCCAGGCAAACCAGACUGAGAGACAAGCUUUCUAACAUGAGACUAAUUCUUCCUAACUACCCAAGACUUUUUCAGCACCCUCCCCUGCGCGUCUACCUCCGAGUUAUCACACAAGGCUAUUUGCUCAUGGUUUUGCAGCUUUAUAGGAAAAAUAUUCUCAAGAUGCUACAAGGGCCUGAAUUUCACUGGCAGCCUUUUAGAGCUUGUAGCCUGGGUAGUAAGAGGAGCAUGAACUUAC